AUGCAAUUAGAAUCAUUAUCUAAUGAAGUUUUUCAUGAUCUAUUCGAAUUUCUUGAUCCUAUUCAACUUAUUCAUGCUUUUGAAGGUCUUAAUACUCGUUUCGAUCAACUUCUAUUCAUUUAUUUUCGAUCGUAUCGUCUAGAUUUUCGUUCUAUAUCAAAAUUAAAUUUUCAUCUUAUGUGUGAACAAUAUUUACCAUUAAUUAUUGAUCAUAUUAGUUCACUUUGUUUAUCAGAUGAUGAUGAAACUCCACAAUUAUCUGAACAUCUUAUUCCUUAUAAUCUUACACUAGAUGAAUUUACACAUUUAAAAUCACUUUUACUUCAAAAAAUUCAUUCAUCAGAUAUAAUUCUUAAUAUUAUAACAGAUUGUUCGUAUCUUUCAUAUCUUACUCAUUUGAAAAUUAUCGAAUGUCAUUAUACACAUGAUAAGAAUUCUAAACAAUUAAUUUCUAAUAUAUGGCGUCUAAUUAAACUUACACAUUGUACUUUGGAUAUAAUUUUCGAAUAUGGACUUACUUUUGUUGGAUUAUCAAUAAUUUCAACAUCUAUAAAAUAUUUAUCAAUAAAAAAUUUUAUAUUUUCAUCUAUAGAACUCAAUCAUCUAUUAAAAUCGACACCUUAUCUUCAAUAUCUUUGUAUUACAUUUUUUGGAGAAAGUACUAAUAUUGAAUUACAUCGAAUUAAUUCUGUUCCAUUAAUUACUAAUUUAAAACUUCAUUUUAAUGGUUCAUUAAAUUCUUUAAUAAAUAUUUUACAAAGUAUGCCGAAUUUAUUAUAUUUAACAAUUGAAACAGGAACAAUUAAUUUAAAUGGAAAUCAAUGGAAAAAAAUUUUAAUUGAUUAUAUACCUAAAAUAAAAAUAUUUCGAUUUCUAAUGAAAAUUUUAUUAUUUAAACAUUAUAACAUAGAAGAACAACUUGAAGAUUUUUUAAAUACUUUUCAAACUUCAUUUUGGCUCGAUGAACAUCAAUGGUUUGUUCGAUUGGAUUGGCCAAAACAUGCUAAUAAAGUAUUUGUUAUCUAUACAUUACCCUAUUGUUUUAAUGAUACUUAUGUUAUUUAUCAGAAUCGAUGGUCGAGAACAACUUGUCCAAAUGUUCAUGAUUAUAACUCUUAUGAUCGAGUAACGAAUGUAUUUUAUAAAGGACAUAUUGAUAAUUUAAUUGUAUUUCCUGUAUACUAUCCAAAUAUUCGUCGUUUAACAUUAAGACUUCCUUUUGAUAAUCGUUUUUGGAGUAUUAUUCCAACAUUAGAUCGUUUGAUUUCAUUAGAAGUAAUUGAAACACGAGAAAAUAGUCGAUCAGAAUCUCAAUUAAAAGAUUUACUCAAUCGAGCACCUCGUCUAGAUUUUUUAAGUGUUGAUGCAAUGUCAUUUUUACUAUUGGCACAAUCAAAUAUUACUCAUGAUUCACUUCGUCGAAUUCAAUUGAAACAUUAUCGUACUAAAACGAAUCGUUAUAUGAAUGUUACACAAUGUUCUAUAUUAGCUGAUUCAUUACUCGGACGUCAAUGUGAAGUUCUUAUAAUUCGUAUUGAAAAUCGAACAAUUAUUCUUGAUCUUAUUAAUAAGAUGUAUAAUCUUCGAGUAUUGAAUUGUGAAUGUCAAGAUGAUAAUUGGACAAAUAAUUCAUUAUUAUGUUCUAAAGAUGAACUUGUAGAAUGGUUGCGAAAUUCUUUGCCAGAAACAUAUUUCAUUAGCCGAUAUCGAUCUCGUCUCGUGCGACUAUGGAUUAAUAGGAAAAUAAAAUGA